UUGAAAAUAAUAAUAUUUUAGAGUUCGAUAUUAAUACGAUUUGUUUGAAUACCGAAUGCACCGAACAACGAAUUAAACGGAAUAACGUCGUGAUUAACGAGAAAAUAAACGGAAGAAUUAUUUUUAAACGUGACACAAGAGAGAGAAACUAUGUCGGAAGGUUGCACGAGCUGCAGAGGAACGAAUUAUGGCGGUGGUACAUUGCAGUUAGGUGGGACUUCCGGUGGCACAAGCGGAAGUCCACAAUCGACGACGUCUGCUUCAAAUUACGCGGCAACGAGAAGAGUUCAAGUACGUGCAAAGGUCCUUUACGGUUCGGGAAAAGCAAUCGCGAGCUUGCAAGCUCGGGAAAAAGCAGCAAGACGUUGAUUUACAGCGUCGUUUUCGUUACUUUCUUCUGGACCGUACGAUCUCAACCGGAAGAAAGCACUCCUAUUAUUUACCCUACAAUAAAUUAUACAAAAGAAAUAUUUACCAAUGUAGAAUUUAACCAUUCUACAACGCAAACUACUGUAUCAGAGCAGAGAAACUUUGAAGAAAAUCAAACGAAUUUUAGAAGAAACUUUGGUAACAACGAGAAAACGAGUAAAUACGAAAUCGAAACUUUCGAAAUUGUCGGAAAAUAUGAUUCGAAAAAGUACAGUGAUCAUUCAACGAAUAACAUUACAACUUACGAACUCGAGAGUCGAGAUAAUCAAGAAAAUUGGGGACCUCGUGAGGAGGAUAUUAUUGAAGCUGUUGAUUUUGGAUUGCAAGCGAUGCAUGAUCUUUACAACGUCAAAGAACCGAAAUUAUAUUCUAUGGGUCUCUAUCUGAAAGCUGACAAUCCAGCAAAAUACGUUGCAACAUUCAAUGAUCAAACCGAAGAAGCUAGGAUGCUUGCUAAAUUUGGUUAUGCAGUUCUCGAAGGCGCAACUAUGUUUGUCAAAAAAUUUCCCGAUUUAUCGAGAGAACUUCCUCUUGCUCGCAAAGGUCAAACAACGAGAUUCCAACGCCAAUGUCCGAGAAGAGGAACUCCUCAAUGUCCAGCAGCUAGUUUAAGAUAUAGAACUUCGGAUGGAAGUUGUAAUAAUCUUAAGAAUCCUUGGUGGGGAUCAGCAAUGUCAACUAUGCAAAGAUUCUUACCACCUAAUUAUAAUGACGGUAUACAAAGUAUCAGAAGAUCAAGGGACGGUAAUCCAUUGCCAAGUGCACGUGUAAUUUCCGACGUGUUACAUGAGGAUGAAGACAUACAAUUGGCAUCUGUUACACAUAUGUUAAUGCAAUGGGGUCAAUUCAUAGAUCAUGAUUUAACAGCAACUGGACAAAGCAGAGGCUUCAAUGGAUCGGUACCUCAAUGUUGUUUGAAUUCGGGUCUUGGGUUUCAACCUUUUGAAUUAUUGCAUCCAGAAUGUUUACCAAUAGCGGUAAACCCUCAGGAUAGUUUCUUUGGUCGUUUUGGUAUCAAGUGUUUGGAAUUUCUUAGAAGUGGAUCAGCACCAAGAGAAGAUUGUCUGUUUGGUGCUAGAGAACAAUUAACUCAAGUUACGAGUUAUUUAGAUGCAUCCACGGUGUACAGCAGCAAUUCUUUUCAAAGUGAUAAUCUUCGAAUGUUUAAAAACGGUUUAUUGCAAUACGGUAUAAUUCAAUCCCAACGAACUUCGUUCUUCAGACAAGAUUCGGAUCUUUGCAAACAAGGUUCUUUAUCAACGAAUUGUUUCAGAGCAGGUGAUGGUCGUUUAAGUGAACAACCAGCUCUAACAUCCUUACAUAUUGUAUUUUUAAGAUUUCACAAUAGAUUAGCAAUUAAACUUGGCGAAUUGAAUCCUAAUUGGAGAGACGAAAAAAUAUUCCAAGAAACUCGUAAAAUUAUCGGCGCUAUUGUACAGCAUAUUACUUAUCGCGAGUUCUUACCGAUAGUAUUAGGAAACGAGGUAAUGAAGGUAUUCGAUCUAGAAGUUCUGACAAAGGGCUAUUACGAUGGUUACGAUCCUUCCGUUAAUCCUACUAUAGCAAAUUCUUUCUCAACAGCUGCUUAUCGUUUCGGACAUUCUUUGGUUCAGCAUAGUUUCCUACGAUUUGACAGAAAUCAUCGACGUUUAUUUAAUAAUGUAUCAAUCCACGACGAAUUUAGAAAUCCCGAAAAUUUGGAAACGGCAGGUUUCCCUUUCGGAAUGGAUCUGGCAUCUCUUAAUAUUCAAAGAGGACGAGAUCAUGGUAUACCACCAUACGUUGAUUGGCGAGAACCAUGCGGCUUGUCUCCCAUCAAGAGUUUUGCUGAUCUUGAGAAUAUUAUGUCACCUAAUACUAUAUUUAAGCUUAGAACUUUAUAUUCUUCGGUGGAAGACAUUGAUUUGUAUCCAGCUGGAUUAGCUGAAAAAUCAGUUCGCGGUGGUUUAGUCGGGCCAACGUUUGCUUGCAUAAUUGCACAACAAUUUAGUAAUCUUCGACGUGGCGAUCGAUUUUGGUAUGAAAAUGACAAAGAAGAAAGUGGAUUUACUUCUCGACAACUUCAACAAAUCAGACGUAUCACGUUCUCCCAAGUUCUUUGUCUUACGAUGGAUAAUAUUAAAACCAUUCAACCGUUCGUUUUUCUAGUAGCUGAUGCAUUCAGAAAUCAACGUGUUGCUUGUAAUGAUGAAAUAAUGACACAGUUCAGGCUUGAACCUUGGACCGAACAACAAUCGGAACAAAGAAGUGAAUCGGGUGAUUUACAUGUAUCAGAAAGAAAGAAAAUUGAUCGAAUUCGUAGUACAACUAGCAGAUCUGUUACGAAUAGACAAGAGGGGACAAAAGAAAAUGUUAAUAUCAACGCGAGAGAACAAACGAAGGUUUUAUCACAAAAAACUAAACCCGUUAAAGCUAAUAUCAAUCAGCAUAAUAGAAUUGUCGUGAAAAAACCUUUCGGUCCACCGGAUAACGUAACCAUAGUCGUUCAAAAUAAUGCAGUUAAUUCACCCGUCUUCGUGAAUGAUGCAAUUUAUGGUUCGUACAUUCAAAUACAAACUACAACUCAAAGUAACAAGGAUAUCCCUAAACCGGAAAAUUUUAAUUAUCAACCUUAUGGACAAUACAAUCCAUUAUCGUAUGAUCAAGGAUCAUUGAACAUUCCUAUUCAUAGACCACCUCCAAAACCAAUACCAACUUUUAUUCCUGAAAGAUUUGAAACUUCACAGAACAUGAAACCAUAUGUCCCAUAUGCUUAUAACGAUCCUAACAACCCAAAUCCACUGAAUUAUGGUUACAGACCAAAUUAUAAACCCGAAGACAUUGUUUACGACAACUUAACUCCUACGAGUCCAAGACCAACAUUAUACACCUACUACAUGCACGCCCAACAAUUAACAACUCCGCAAAGACCCAUUCAUCAAGACGAAAGUCAUUCAAGUUAUUACAAUCCCUCUUACAACACACCAUCUACGAUGCAACAUUAUCAAGGAACAAGUCCAUCUCCGUGGAUAAAACCUAAACCACAAUUCGAGCCAAGCUAUCAGUCUUACGCGCAGCAACUUAGCUCAGAUAUUAUUGCUAAUCCAAAUUACAAUCACAAUGUAAACAACAAACCAGAAUACUGGCCUCAACAAAUACCAAGUACCAUACAAGAUGAAAAUUUACAUUCCGCACAACCCGAUUACAGCCAUGGUCAAAAUGUACCCAUUAACAAACCUUACAACAAAGACCAAUCGGAAACUUGGAAAUAUUCGAUUAAUGUACAAAAAGACGAUGGAUAUGCACUUUCUUCGAGCAGACCUUACAAUGAACCAUAUGGCCUGCAAGAAACAAACAGUUAUCAGAAUAGACCAAUAAAUAGACCUGAUAACGAAGAUAAUCCUAAUAUUUAUAAUAAGAAACCAUUGGAUACAUCUUACUCGAUAGAAUUAAAUAAACAAAAUAAUCAAAAUAGCUCAGAAAAUCUAUUAGCGAAUGUGCAACCUUAUCAAGAAGAAGCCACAAAAAAUCCAAUCCUUAAUAAUCCGAGCAAAUGGACCGAUAUUCCAUCUUAUCAGCCAGGACCGACCAAAAGACCCGAUUUUCCUCCUAUAUUACAUGAAGAAUCAUCCUAUCAAAAAAGACCAAUUAAAACGCCUAUGAUCGUUCAAAAUGAUUUUGGUUCGACAAAAGUUCCUCCAUCAUACCAAGCGGAUUUAUUUAAAGAGACUAUCUAUCAGCAAAGACCUACAAUAAAACCAGAUAAAUCAACGAGCAAUUCCUUUUAUCAAACUAAUCCGUUGAACAAUCCAAACAGCAAACCUUUUGUCAUAAACGAUGAUAUCUCUUAUCAAGGAAAACCAAUUUCUCAUUUUUCUGUACAACAUUCGACAAAAAUUCCGACCAAUGAUGAAAUUUCAAGGCCGAUUAAAAUACAAAGUGUUACCAUUGUCACGGAAAGUAUCGAGACAGUUCGACAUCCUGGAUCCUCCGGUUAUAGACCAGUUAAUAAAAUCAAUGCUGAAAUUCCAAGACCUUUGGAACUUCGACAAAACGAAGGAAAACCCGGCCAGUACUAUUACGAUAAAAAUGUUUUGCAUCGUUACCCCGAGAAAAUGGAGGACGAUAUCUCGAAAUAUUAUCAUCAUUUUGCGAAGGACGAUGUUAUUCACAGUGAGACAAGAGAAAUCCUGGGAGAAAACGAAACCCUCGUUGAAUUUAAUUUCACUGAUGUGCUUACGAAAGCACACGUGAUUCAAAAUGACGACACUAAAUUUGUAACGACUCCUACUUUAGUGAUCGAUGAUCCUGACGAGAUUUACGCUAACGACGAUCUCGACGGAUCUUUUUCCGAGAACAUCGAAAGUGUCACAACUUUAAACGAUUUACAGAAAAAAAAUAACUGGCUUAAUUCCGAAGAAAAUCCAAGACUGUCGUCCAUUUUGGAGAUGCCUAAUAUUACAUCCGACGAAAGUAUCAGCGCCAAGGAAUUGCCUAAGCCUCUAAUUAAAACCAGUAAAUUAGCCUCUUAAUUUACGUUUCUCGGUAGUUUAGAAAGCUAUUAUUUCAUUUUAUUUUAUUUUUUUUUUUAUUUCCUAUUAUUUUAUUUUAUUUUAUUAUAUCGUUAACCACAUCAUUACCUUCUCAUGCUAUUUAUUAUCAGGUUCAUACUUUAUUUUCAUUACGUUUGUAUUUAUUUUCGUAGACCUAGUUUCCUAGAGAUAAUAAUAGCUUUUGCUUACUUGUCAUUAGUGACACUUACGAUCUCUCACGAUCGUUUCUGUUAAAUUGAAAAAGUUGACGACGAGACUUAUCUACUACAAUGUAUACAAUUUAAAUGAAUCACAGGAGAAUAAAAUAAUUACGUUAAGUGGAUGGCUAUACGAAUGAUACAUAGAUUAUGCAAACACACAAUUCUACGUUAGAACGGAAUGUAGCCUAGUUUUAUUCCGCUUUUAAACUCAGCCGUCUAUGUCUGGAGCAUCUCUCGACUAUUUUCAGAUGCAGUUUCCAACCCGUUGCAUUUCAUCUGUCUCUUCUCGUAUUCCUCUUAAAAUUCAUCCCUCAAAUCCUACGCGCAUUUAUACAUACGUAUAACGGCCUGAUUUUUAAUUUCCUCAUAAUUUUCUCUCCUUUUUUUUUCUCUUUUUUUUCUUUUUUUUUCGUUAUCUAUCUCAUCGUCAAACGACUUCUGUUCUUUAUUUCCAAAUUUCGUAGAUUUAUUUAAAUUUCAAUAACACGUUUCACGAUCUAUAAAUUGUCGACAUUUCGAAACAAUAAGCAAAU